AUGUCAUCCCCCCAAAACGACGCCCCCUCCCCCUCCUCCAAACUCAUCUUCGCCCCAACCGACUCACCCACCGCUCCCCACGCCCACCAAUUCUCCGCGUCCCCCCUCUCCCUCCCCACCCUCUCCCCCUCCCCCCUCACCCAAUUCCACACCCUCUUCACCGCCGGCCAGCGCGCCCACCUCCCCCAACCCGAAACCUGCGUCCUCUCCACCGCCGCCCUCCCGUCCGGCCGGCCGUCCGCGCGCACCGUCUACCUCAAAGAGCUCGACGACCGGGGGUUCGUGAUCUAUAGCAAUACCGAGCAUUCGCGGAAGGCGGCGGAUUUGAGGACCAAUCCGCAGGCGUGUCUGACGUUUUGGUGGGCGGGGUUGGAGCGGCAGGUGCGGGUGACGGGGGCGGUGGAGCGGGUGGGAGUGGAGGAGGCGCAGCGGUAUUUCGAUACGCGGAAUCGGGAAAGUCGGGUGGGUGCGUGGGCGAGUCGGCAGAGUGAGGUGUUGAAGGAUAGAAAGGAGUUGGAGGAGCGGGUGAAAAAAGAGAAGGAGCGGUGGGAGGGGAAGGAGGGGAUUGAGGUGCCGGGGCAUUGGGGAGGUUGGAGGGUGGUGCCCGAGGAGGUCGAGUUUUGGGGAGGGAGGGAGGGGAGGUUGCAUGAUCGGUUUUUGUAUACGAGGGAGGGUGAGGGGUGGAGGAUUGAGCGGUUAAGUCCGUAG